GAAAAAAUAUAAAUUUGAUGAUAAUGCUAAUGUAUUGAUAGAUUUUGUUCCCAGAAAGUGAAUAGAUUAAUGCAUUGAUGAUUGAUGAGUGCUUCAAAAUUUGUAUAUAAUACAUUCAGUUCCUUAAGAUCCACUAGUACAAAUAACAUCAAGUUCGAUAAGCCUUUCCAAAAAUCCGUACAACAUCGAAAUAUGUCUUUGAAAAUCACAUUCAUUCUUAUUUUUGCUAUGGUGGCAGUACGUAGUGAGAUUCCUGAGAUCUCCAUCAACUCUAGCAGCGUACCUAACAUCACAUACGAGUUCGAGGCUCAGAAAGAUUUGAAAGCGGCGUAUGAGCUGCAUCCAAAUGAUCUUCAAACAGUUGUAAGAAUAUUUUCUGAUUUGUACAACAAAACCUUCCCUCAACCCACCGGCUGGAAGGUUUCGAUUGGUUGCAGCCUCCUGUACCAACCUGCAGUUAAUCAUAUUUAUGUCGCUUUAAAUGUUGUAGGUGACAAUAGUACAACUGUUAUCACAAUAUUUAACUAGAGUUUGAAUAAAUCUUUAUUUUAUUUUUUUAAGUAAUUUGAAAUUUUCUUUAUUAAUGAUAGUACCAAUUCAUG